AUGGUUGGACGCGUGGAUACGUCAUCAGAUGUCACAACAAAACAUGCAUCGUGGACGCGGCGUUCAACCGGCCGCUGGUACUGUCAUUCGGACAACGUCGUCGUCGAUCCAUCAGCUGUCCUAAAGACGCCGCCGUCAACGCCGGAAUUCUUGCGGUGGCUAGCGGACUGCCAAGUCCUGACCGGACGCGACGGCGACGCGGCCAGGAGGCGGUGGUCUUCCACCAGAAACGUUGCGUUGCCGUCGGAACUGGAACAGGGAACAGCUGAAGAAACGCUGUGGACGGACCACACGCUGGAAACCAAGAAUUGUCACCCCACGCUGCAUAAGCCGUCAGCUGUCCCCUGUUCCAGUUCCGACAGCAACGCAACGUUCCUGGUGGAAGAUCACCGCUUCCUGGCCGCGUCGCCAUCACGUCUGGCCAGGACUUCCCGAGUUGACGGCGGCGUCUUUAGGACCGCGGAUGGAUAA